UUUAGAGCACAAAGUUAUCAUUGUUGGGCUGGACAACGCUGGGAAAACAACCAUCCUUUAUCAAUUCCUAAUGAACGAGGUGGUCCACACAUCACCCACAAUUGGCAGCAAUGUGGAAGAAAUAGUUGUGAAAAACACUCAUUUCCUAAUGUGGGACAUUGGUGGCCAAGACAUGCUUCGUUCAACAUGGAGCACGUAUUAUACAAACACUGAGUUCGUCAUUCUAGUUGUGGACAGCACAGACCGAGAACGGUUGACAAUUACGAAAGAGGAGCUGUACAAAAUGCUGGCACAUGAGGACCUGCGGAAGGCAGCUGUGCUGGUAUUUGCCAAUAAACAAGACAUGAAGAACUCUAUGUCGGCAGCUGAAAUUUCCAAAUUUCUAACACUAACUUCGAUCAAAGAUCAUCCAUGGCAUAUCCAAGCCUGUUGUGCGCUCACUGGCGAAGGGUUUGUACUGGACUAUGGCUUCCUUAU